AUGGCUGAGGUAGCGCCGGCUGCGGUCGCCAAAGCGCCGGCGAAGAAAGCGGCGAGCGCCGCGAAAGUGCAGCAGCGGAAGCCGGGCGGCCCCAGCGUGACGGAGCUGCUGAUGCAGGCGGUGGCGGCGUCCAAGGAGCGCGGCGGCAUCUCGUUGGCCGCGCUGAAGAAGUCGCUGGCGGCCUCGGGUUACGACGUGGAGAAGAACAACAGCCGCAUCAAGUUGGGCCUGAAGAACCUGGUGACCAAGGGGACGGUGCUGCAGACCAAGGGCACCGGCGCCUCGGGCUCCUUCAAGCUCAACAAGAAGCAGGCAGAGCCCAAGGAGAAGGCGGCGGCGACCGCCCGCAAGAGGAAGCAGCAGCAGCCGCCAGCCAGGAAGCCCGCCAAGAAGGCGAGAAAAGUUCCGGGAGCCGCCGGGCCAAAGAAAACCGCCAAAAAGGCGGUCAAAAAACCCGCCUCGGCGGCUAAAAAGCCCAAAGUAACAAAGCCGAAAAGCCCCGUUAAACCUCUGAAGGCAAAGGCAAAAGCUAAGCCGAAGGUCGCCACGAAGGCCAAGGCCGCCCCUAAAAAGAAGUGA